AACACCACCGUGACGUCACGCGCACCUGCUAAUAGAAUGUAAACAGCGCUGGUGGGCAAAAGACCGAUAAUCGCCAUAUUGGUUUUCCUUCAUAACAGUACAACUGAUAUUCAGAUUCUUUCAAUUAUUUUUUUGAAAUGGUCCAAUCUUGUGUGGUCGUAGGUUGUACAAAUCGAUGGGAAAAGGGGAGUAGACUUUCGUGGCAUCGUAUCCCAAGCAAAAAUGACCAAGAAAGAAGAAAUAAUUGGCUCUCGUCUAUCAACAGAAAAAACUGGCAGCCAAACAAUCAAGAUCGCGUUUGUGGAAAUCACUUUCUGUCAGGCUGUGCUAGCCACAACAAAGAUGAUCCCGAUUACGUGCCAACAUUGAACAUGGGAUACGAAUUAAUGACAACAUCAACACCUGUUGUUAAAGUUGGACGCUAUGAAAGGGCAACAUCAAGGCGAAGAAAAAGGCUUGCCAUGGAGCUUGAUGAGAAUGAACGGCGGUCUGCUGCUUCUACUCUGCUCGAUCUGUCUACACAUUGUGAUGCUGAUAUAGAAAAUAGUCCCCCCGGAGACAGCAACAAUGACACUGAUGUCUUUCAUAUCAAGAAGGAGCUUGAGAACUGCAGACUUCAGCUUGCAGAAACGAGAUUAAACGAGAGGUUACUGAUCAACGAACUUGGUCGUCUCCAAGAAGAAAACUCCUCUUUACGUACCGAAGUUCAGAGUUCGUUUGGUAUAAGUUUUCUUCAGGAAGAUAGGUCUGUGUCUGACAAGAGAACCAGUUUCUAUACUGGUGUGCCAAAUUUAGCAACAUUGCUGUGGAUAGUGUCCUUUGUGCAGUCAGCUCUGCCAGACUUCUCAUCAUUGAACUCACAGGCAGAUGCAGUCAUUAUUGUUUUAAUGAAAUUCAAGCUGAAUUUGCAAAACUUUGACCUUGCCAUUAGAUUUAGAAUAUCAGAAUCAACUGUGUCUAAUGUGCUAAAUAGAACAAUUCCAAUAUUAGCUGAAAAAUUGAAAUUCUUGAUUCAUUGGCCGGACAAAAAAGAUGUACUUAGAACUUUACCCCAAGUAUUCAAGCCAAAGUACAGAAACGCUAGGACAAUUAUUGAUUGUACGGAAAUUUUCAUUGAACGACCAGGGAAUUUAACGGCACGUGCAGCUACAUGGUCUAAUUACAAACAUCAUAAUACAUUGAAGUACCUGGUAGCAAUAACACCAUUGGGCUCUAUAUCAUUCGUUUCAAAAGCAUUUGGAGGACGGACGUCAGACAAAGUUGUGACAUUGAGGAGUGGUUUCUUAGAUUUGCUUGAAUAUGGUGAUUUGGUAUUAGCGGAUAGGGGUUUCCUGAUAGGCGAGGAAAUUGCAGCACGUAAUUGCUUUCUUUCAAUUCCUGCCUUUACCCGAGGACAGGCACAACUAACCCAGCAACAAGUGGAGACCAGCAGAAGUAUUGCCAGGGUUCGAAUCCAUGUUGAACGAGCAAUUGGUAGACUUAAAAACUUUAAAAUUUUGAGUACUCAGAUGUCAUUAAGUAUGGUGCCACAUUCUGACAGUGUUCUCACUAUUUGUGCUGCAAUUUGCAACUUUCAAUCAAAAUUAGUGAAGUAGAUGUUUGAAAAAUGAAAUAUACAUGCAGCAGUUGAAAAUGUAUUGACAUUUAUGGACAGUGGUGUUUACUAUAAGUAACAAAAUGUACAUAAAUUGAAGUGAAAAUAAAAAACAUACACUUAU